AGCCGCUUUGAUCUUCAACAUUCUGUCAUCAGGUCUAUAUGAAGUCUACAGCCUGUCAGAACAUCACAGACCUGCACAGAGAGACCAACAGACAACCAAUGCUGCCAGUUCAUCUGUUCAGAGACAACACAGAACUUCCUACAGCCUACAGCCAGACUCUGCAGAUGAUGGCAACUUACGACUCCAUGCACCAAAGCGGUAGGGCUGUUGGACAACUGCCAGCUGCGUAUCAGGCGUACUGGAUGGACGGCCACGCGCCUCACCAUGAAAUCUGCCACCUCAUCGACCUGUUGGCCACGGCGAAGGACGUGGACGGGGACAAAGAGGCAAAGAAAAAUGUGGAGAGACCGCAAAAGUAUGGUGAGGCAGAAACCGCCAGCAGCGCAGAGGUUGCCACUGAGGUGAGAAAUGACGCCCGGCAGGUGAAGAACAAAGACCUUCAGAGCCAGGAGAAGCUCACCGCCGAGCUUCAGGAGGAGAAGAAGAAAAACAAGGUUCUCCGAGCAGAGAUGGAGAAACUCAUGGCCGAUGCCAAGGAGAUCAGGUGGAUGUAUGCGACUGAUGUUGUCACCGUCAGGCAGCUUGCUGACCGACUCCAGCAAAAGCUUCAGAAAGAGGUAAAGUCUCACGAAGACAGAGUGUCCCAGGAUGAGCUCCUGGUGCAAACCCUGAGGGAUGAGCAGGAUGCCCUCCGUCGACAGAUGGCUGAGCAGAUCGGACUCCUGCAGCAAAACGCUUCUGAGCGGGAAACAGUUUUGCGCGAAGAGAUGGAGAGGCUCAGAACUCAGCUCAUUGUUGAGAUCUCACUCAACCGUGAGCUCAAGGAAUUCUAGGGGGCGAAGCCGGUGGAAAAGACUGAGGAUGAGCAGGAGACUGAACCAUCCAGGCCGGAGGAGUCCACCUCCAACGCUCCCCCCGAUCCAGAGCUCAACGAGUCUGAACCAUCCAGGCCGGAGGAGUCCACUUCCAACGCUCCCCCCGAUCCAGAGCCCAACGAGUCUGAACCAUCCAGG